UAGAUUCAGGGUUUAUGGGAGCCGUCGCUCGGGAAGCUGCCAAAUUCGACCGUAGGAAGCAAGGGUUUCUACUUUCGGUUUGCGCCGCGGAUCGCUAGACCAGGCCGAGGAAAGAGCCUCCACUACCUCUCCCUGGUUUUACUUGUUCUGAGAAGGCGCCAUGGAUUCUGCAGCUUUGGUGGAAGCCAUUGUGGAAGAAGUGGCCUGUCCCAUCUGCAUGACCUUCCUGAAGGAGCCUGUGAACAUCGACUGUGGUCACAGUUUCUGCCACAGCUGUAUCGCUGGACUCUGGAAGGUUCCAGGAGAAGCCCACCACUGGGGUUACACCUGUCCACUCUGCCGGGCUCCUGUGCAACCUAGGAACCUGCGGCCCAACUGGCAGCUGGCCAAUGUGGUGGAAAAAGUUCGCCUGCUAGGUUUUCACCCAGGAAUGGGAUCGAAGGGUGAUAUGUGUGAGCCCCACGAACAGUGGCUGAAGCUGUUCUGCAAAGAAGAUGGCAUGAUGGUGUGUGAGGCCUGCAGCCAGUCCCCAGAGCAUGAGACCCACACUAUUGUGCCCAUAGAGGAUGUCGCCUGGGAGUAUAAGUGGAAACUCCAUGAGGCUCUGGAAGAUCUGAGACAAAAGCAAGAAGAGGCUUGGAAACUGGAAGUUGCUGAAAGAAAAAGAACUGCCAACUGGAAGGUCCAAAUGGAAACUCGAAAGCAGAGUAUCAUCUGGGAGUUUGAGAAAUACCACCGAUUACUAAAGGAAACACAGACACCAAGUCAGCAGCCACAGGCGGAAGCAGCUGCCGCUCUGGCCAGCCUAGAACAAGAGGAGAGGGAAACGAUGCAGCAAGUGAGGUUGAAUCAUGAUAAGCUGGUCCAGCAGAGCCAGGUCCUGUGGAGAAUGAUUACAGAGCUGGAAGAGAGGUCUCAGAGGCCUCUCCGGUGGAUGUUGCAGGGUGUUCAGGAAGUCUUGAACAGGAGCAAGGCCUGGAGCCUACAGCAGCUAGAACCAGUCUCCCUGGAGCUAAAGACUGAGUGCCGUAUACUGGGACUUAAAGAGAUCCUGAAAACAUAUGCAGCUGAUGUAAUCCUGGAUCCAGACACUGCUUACUCCCGACUCAUCGUAUCCGAGGACAGAAAAAGUGUUCACUAUGGAGACACCAAGCAGAAACUGCCUGACAAUCCUGAGAGAUUUUACCGCUACAAUAUUGUCCUGGGCAGCCAGUGCUUCUCUUCAGGCCGGCACUACUGGGAGGUGGAGGUCGGAAACCGGUCAGAAUGGGGUCUAGGAGUGUGUAAGGAAAAUGUGGACCGCAAGGAGGUGGUCUAUUUAUCCCCCCACUAUGGAUUCUGGGUGAUACGGCUGAGGAAGGGAAAUGAGUACCGGGCAGGCACUGAUGAAUACCCACUCCUAUCCUUAUCAGUGCCUCCACACCGGGUGGGAGUUUUCCUGGAUUAUGAGGCGCAUGAUAUCUCCUUCUACAACAUGACUGACAAUGGCUCCCACAUCUUCACUUUCCCCCACUAUCCCUUCCCGGGGCGCCUCCUGCCCUACUUUAGUCCUUGCUACAGCAUUGGCUCCAACAACAGUGAUCCUCUGACCAUCUGCUCCCUGAAUGGUGAAGACUAAGACAGUUGCCGUAUUAGCCAGAGACCUUGAACUUCACCUGGUUCACAAGGGUCUUGGAGACCCCUGCCUGACCAGUGUCCCCGUGAGCUGAGCUA